CCGCAUUCUGCGACGGUCUCCCCGAGCUGCAAGCGGAGGCUAAAGGCUAACAUCAUUAAAAUCACCUCGAAAAGUUACGAGUGCAAUUACUUAACCUGUUUGUUUAGAAAGGCAGGGUGUUGACAAGAAUGGAGGCCGCUCAGGCAAAGUGGGAUGAACGUGAGGCUUAUGAAGAGCUGCUAUACUGGGACGAUCUGAUCCAGAGAGGGCAUCGGUUGCAUCCACACGACUAUGAUAGAUACGAAGAAUUGAGAUAUUGGUAUGAUUGCCUUUGCUAUGAAGAAGAUCUAAGACAAUACCAUGACUAUCUUGCUGCUAUAGAGGAAAUUGAAGGUCAAAUGCAACAUGAGCAAACGGCAGCACAGACAUGUCCUCGGCCUUAUGAUCGUCAUGUAAUGGCUAAACAUUCAGAUAUCUAUCCUUCGGCAAGGUUCCUAGAUGCUAUACAAAUGAUUAUCUCCCAUGUAGAACAUGCUCUUAAGACCGUCUCGGAUCAAAUGGAUGCUACACCAAGUGAAUUCAGUGAUGAACAAGGCCGUGUGUUGCGUGGGGUUAUGAGGGUUGGGUUGGUCGCCAAAGGACUUAUACUGAAGGGUGAUAAAGAUCUUGAGCUGAUCCUGCUUUCAUCAAAAAAGCCUACAGUCACUCUCCUCAGACAAGUAACAGAAAAACUAGCAGUAGAGUUAGAGAAUAUUUCACCGGAAAUGUACACAAUAGCUGACAGCCCUGAAAAUGCUGCUAUUGUCGUCCAAAGCACCACUAAGCCCAUCCUGACUCUUCAGGUCUAUUUGACGUCACCUUUGGUCAGGACAGUCAAAGACACCGAAACAGAUGAGGAAACGCAAACGGUCAGCGAUCCGCCGGACAUUCUGGACAGGCAGAAAUGCCUUACUGCCUUGGCAUCUCUUCGCCAUGCCAAGUGGUUCCAGGCCAAAGUCAAUGAGCUGAACUCUGCACUUGUUGUAAUUCGGAUCUUGAGAGACUUGUGUAUCCGCGUGCCUACCUGGCAGCCACUCUCUGGAUGGCCUCUUGAACUGCUGGUAGAGAAAGCCAUUGUGACGUCUGAGAGGCCCCUGGGAGCUGGAGAGGCUUUGCGCAGAGUCUUUGAAUCCAUCUCUUCUGGACUGCUUUUAGAAGAUGGGCCUGGAAUUAAGGACCCAUGUGAGAAGGAUCCAGUGGAUGCCAUUGAACACUUGUCAACGCAGCAGCGUGAAGACAUCACAGCGAAUGCACAGCAUAUCCUGAGGCAGUGGGCAUUUGGACAGAUGCGCAAGGUCCUGGGAAUGGGUGCAAAACCCAAAAAACCCCAGAAACCUGAAUCCUCUGCAAAUAUUUCAGCAUCAGGACCACGGUUUUACCCACCAGCUAAGAGAUCUUUUUCAGCUAUAGAUACAGGAGAGGAACAGCCACACCUUAACAGUAAACAACGCAAGUUUCAAAAGCGCUUUCAGAGAAAACCAUUCAGUGAUGACAUAAAUAUGAAUGCUGUGAUGCGUCUAAACCAGUACAGGCCUGGCCUGGCGUAUCGCCUCACAUCACAAAGUGGUCCUGUGCAUGAGCCAGUAUUCACAAUGGCUGUGGACUUCAAUGGAAAGACUUAUGAAGCUACUGGUCCUUCCAAAAGAUCAGCAAAGAUUAAUGUAGCUACCAAGGUCUUGCAAGAUCUUGGUCUUUCAACUGCUCCUGCAGAAUCGAAUGGUUCAAAUGGAGGACAAGAUGCAGGGAAAGCUUCUGCCUCAACCACAGCUGGAUCAGACGAGGGAGGGUUAGGUCCCAUAUUGACAAAAAAUGGCAAGAAUCCAGUGAUGGAGUUGAAUGAAAAACGCCGGAGUUUGAGGUAUGAGCUCUCAGCAGAGACUGGGGGAUCACAUGAGAAGUGCUUUGUUAUUGAGGUGGAUGUUGAUGGACAAAAGUUCAAAGGAAGUGGCUCAAACAAGAAGGAGGCCAAGGCCCGUGCUGCUUUGGCAGCUUUGGAAAGUUUAUUUCCUGAAGAUCAUUCCAGAUUUUAUCAAAAGAAGAAGGUCACCUACACAGAUAUGCACAUCCCUGGCUUCGGAACUAUUCGUGGGAUCCCCACUGACACUGGAUCUCGAGGAAGAGGCCGGGGCCGAGGCAGAGGCCGAGACAAACCAGCCUCUGGUCCCAGCUACAACAAAACCAACUACAGCUAUGAAAGCAGCACUGGCUCAAGCUAUCAUAAACUCUAUGGAGGUGGUGAUACCAGCACAACAGACGGCAGUAGCACCUAUGGAACUUUUUACCCAGAGACCACUACAUACUCUGCUGCACCUGUCUCCAACACAACCACCACCACAACUACUGCCUCACAGCCCAAUUAUACAGCAAUGCCACCCCCUGUUGACCAACAAAGUCCCUACAGCUACGGCUAUGGAGAAGAGAAAAAGAAAAUGCUGACUCAAGACCAAAACUAUUCCAUGUACUCCACUGCCUAUCCGAGUUCAGUGACAGGGGGGCAGGAUUAUAGUAACUAUGGUUGGGGACAGCAGACCUGGGACAAUCAAAACUACAUGUACCAGGGUUACACGGGACAAGACCAGACUUCGUACCAGGGUUACAGUGGUACCAGUUACUAACAUCAUGCUACAUUUUAAGUGGUGGAUUUUGUCACUCUGAGUUUGUCACCUUUUACCUUACUUGAUGUUGGAUGUACAAUAAAAGCAGAUGCUGGGUUUUUUGUUUUUACUGGAGGACUGCGUCAUAUCAAUGUUGAAUGGAAGCACCUGAUUAAUUCCUUUCUCUUUGUGGACAUUUCAUUUUCAUAAACAAACCAUUUCUGUUACUUUCUUUCAAACACUCACAGUUUAAGCUAAGAGUAUAUUUGUGUGCUCUAACCCUUGUGAAUAAAUUAUUUUAGUGGAA